AUGAAUUCUAGUAAUAGAAUAAUAUCUUCAACAGAUAAUUUAUACAAAUAUAAGGAAAUUGCAAAACAGUUGGCACCUAAAAUUGAAUUAGUUUAUUCUGGCAAGGCUCCUAAUUCAGAAGAAACUAUUAUUUUAAAAGAAGUGAUAUCAUUUCUGGUUAGUUUGCCAGAAGGUACACAUUUAUUUUGUGAUGAAGCAUUUAGAGAAAUUACGAUUUUUUCAAUAGUUAUUUUUUCAUUUAAACAACAAACUACAAUUGAUUAUGUUACACAUUAUUUGGUUAAAAGUAUUAACACUUGUGAAAAAUGUAUUUUACAAUUUAUUAGAGGUAAAAAUAAAAUUUUAAAACAUUUUGCAAUACAAAGAUUGGUAGCAUAUCAGCAUGUAACAGAAUUUAGUGAUAUGGUAGAUAAGUGGAGAAUUCCGAUAGUUCUUAAAAGAUUACAAGAUAUUACAACAGUACCGUCAUUAGCCGCUGCACUAUCAAAUUCAUCGGGAAAUAAUGAUGAAGUCGAUAAAAAACAUUUAGAAAUACCUAGAGAUAUACAAUUAGCAUUUUUUGAAUGUUUGUGUAAUCCAAAAAUGUUAAGAUUGGAUAAAAGUUUAAAAGGAACAUUUAACGCAAUUUUCACUUUUUUUUUAUCAUUAUCAUUACCAUUAUUAAAUUCAUAUAAUUCAUUAAUUAAUUCUGAAAAUUUAAUCACUAAUGAAAAUAAUAAUUCUGAAACAAUUGUAAUACCUGAAUUUAUUGCAGGUAUUAUAUAUUGUUGGUAUGAAGGUAAACCUGAUCAAAGUAAUUGGGCAAAAGGUGUAUUAGUAUAUUUACAAUCAAAACAAUUCAAAUUUAAAGUUGAUACAAUUACAUUUGACAUUAUUGAAGAAAUCAAUUUUCAUAAUGUCUAUUUACAGGAUCCUAGUAAUUGGAAUCAUAUUAAUAUAUCAAGAUUUUGGUUAAAAUUUUCAGCAAUAUUGACUUUUAUGGAACUUCCUGUUAUAAAAGAAUAUUUUGAGUUACCGAAAAACAUCCAAUCAUUAAGGCAAACUUAUAAAAAUUUUACAAUCGAAUCCAUUUUCAAAUUAUGGUAUAACCAUUUAGCAUCCCCUUAUCAAAUGAAACCAACUUCUAUAUUGUUAAGAGCAUUCAAUAUGUUUUUGGAAAUUUAUAAACAUGAUUUUUGGGGCAAAGUUGACCCAUAUACUUUUCAUAGUGUACUAGAUACAAUUUUUGCAAAAGAUUCUUACGUCAUCGAUUUAAUUCAAGUAGAAAAUAAUGCAGAUGAUGAUGAUGAUACCAUCUUUUUGGAUUAUGGUACAUUAUCGGACAUGGUAACGUGGACUAUUUCAUUUUACCAUUCAGUUUCAGAUUCUAAAAAAAUACAAAUGAUUAAAAAAGUAUCAACGAUAUUUUUAAAUUUUAUUGCCAAGAAAACAUCAUCUAAUGGUUUAACUAAUGCAUGUUUUUUUAAUUCAUCAGCAGCUUUACUGAGCUAUGUGUUGGUGAUAAAGGAAAAUGAAAGAGGGUUGUUAUAUGAAAAGGAUGAUUUUGAAACAAUAUUAUUUACAAAAAUUGAUUUUAGAAUUUUUCUUAAUAAUCCCCUGAUUCAAGAUGUAUUUAUAAGGACGAUCACAAACCCGGCAGAUUUAUAUCUUAAUUUGGAUUCAUAUUUAUCAACAUUAUCGUCAUCAGCAAUGGAGGUCAUAUCAAAGUGCAUUUCGUUAGAGAUAUUAUUACUUUGUCAUUAUUCAUUUAAAUUAUAUUCGGGGAAAAAUAUCACAGAUUCAUCUUCUAGUUUUAUUUUAUUGAAAAAUUUGACAGAUAAUUUGAGUUUAACAUCAUUUCAAGAUGGUCCAGCUUUGGCAAAACAAGUUUUAAUUUCAUUUAGGGAUAUAAACGGGUUGUUAGAAGUAUCUGUUAAAACUCAAAUGGUUCAAAAUCACAAUACAAAAGUUUCGAAUUUUCUAAAGCUGUCCACAAAAUUAUUGGAGAAAUGUACGGACGUUUCCCCACAACAUAUGUCCGAAAUUUUGAAAGACAAUGGAGUUGCUCAAGGUUUCUGGUCAUGUGUAUUUUCUCCAAAUGAUGAUUUGUAUCAAGCUGCAACAAAUAUUUUAUAUGAUACCUUCGAUGUCGAAGGUAGAUUAGAAGGUAUUCAAGAAAUUUUGCAAACUAAUCUAACUGGUCAUAUCAGGGCAAUAAAUCUAGUCUUGACACAUUUGAUCAAAUGUGAAUUUUUUGAAUCUUGCCCCAGAGCUGUUAGAGUUUUAAUGGAUAUCGUAAACACCUGUACGGACCCUACUUCUGGUAUUAUUUCUAAUUUCUUGACUUUAAAAGAUGAUAUGACUAUUAUCGAAUUUCGUAAACUUUGGAAUUUAGUCUGGAUCUUUUUGGAUACCAUUUACAAAUGUACUUUAAGAUGGGCAUCCAAAUAUGAGUAUUCAGAACUAGAAAAUUUUACAAAGGAUACUUUAGAAUUGAGUCGUUCAUUAAUUGAUUCCUAUGGAGAGUUUUCAACUGUCUUAAACCAAGAUGAUGACGUCAUGUUUAAUAGUGUCUUAAGUGCUAUUAAAAACAUGUUAUAUUGGUUGAGAUUGAGUGAUGACCAACUGUUGGAGUCAUGUGUUCAUCUUAUUUCUUCCACAUCUGAUCUUGCAAAUAAAAAGGGUAUUAAAUUCAAUGACACACUUGUAGAAAUGAUGACUAGGUAUGCAUUAAAAGCCAAAAAAUAUUCCAAUAAAUUGACAGAACAGCAAUCUAAUGAAAUUUUAACAAAAGCUAAGUUAUUCAACGAUAAAUUAACAGCUAGCGUAAAAGAAUCGGUUGAAUCUUAUAGAAAGGAGAAAGACUUAUCGAGACAAACAUUGUUACAAAAAUCUAAACAACCUAUUGAGUUAACUCCUACUUCAUCCUCACCAGAGUCAAGGGCUGACUUUUUACAAAGGAAGGCUAUGGCAUCCUCUAUCACGGGGAGACCAAAGGGUUCUCAAUCAAAAUUAACCUCAUUUGGAUCUUUUCAAUCAACCCACUCACCAACUUUACAAGGUAUAAAGACCACCUCUGCACCACCAUUAUCUAAAAUGGAAAUAGCAAGAAGACAGCUACUUAAUAAUAGAGUUGUUCACCCACCGAGUGAUUCAGUUUUCCGUAGCAAGCAUAUAUCAGUAAAACGCAAUGACAGUAGUAGUGAUGAGAGUGAACUGGAUAUCGAGUCAGCAAGAGAACUCUUUGCUACAGCUAAAUCAAAAAAGGGAAUACAAACUCUUGAUAUAAAUGGAAAACAGAUUAAAAGACAAACUGAAGCUGAACGAGUUAAGAUGGAAGAAGAAUAUAUGAGGAAGAGAUUGAAUAUAGAUAUAAAUCCUUUCUAUAACAGUAUAUUAAAAUGGGAUUAUAAUAGAAAGGAUGAAUUCCCAGAUGAAAAACAAUUAAACGAGUAUUCCCCAGUUAAAGAUGUCUAUAACUCUGUAGAGGAAUACCAAAGUAUAAUGAGAUCAUUACUUUUGCUGGAAACAUGGCAAGGUUUAUGUUCAGCUAGAGAUCGUGAAGAAUAUACACCUUUCCCAAUUAUUGUUGGUAACAGAGUUGCUGUGUCAGACUUUUAUGAAAUUUAUGCAUCUGUGAAGAAGAGCAAGCUUACCGAAGCCAAUAUAUCUGAAUCAGAUAUGGUUGUUUUAGCUUAUUUAUCUGAUGUGCAAUAUGGAGAAAAGCUAAAGAAAGCACAUUUUCAAAGGGCACAACAUACUUGUCUAGCGAAAAUCAAAACAUUGAAAAAUGCCAAAAAUGAUAAUGUUGAUGUUACUCUUCGUAUUCAUAGAAGUCAAACUUUUACUAAGUAUCUGACCCUGAGAUCGGAAAUUCAGGCAAUGAAGGUUAUGCAAAUGACAACUGUAGAAAGAGAAUAUACAUCAUUGGAAGGACUUCAAUAUUAUGACUUGGUUCCUCAAAUUUUAGCAGCCAAUCCUGCAUCGCCUCCAGAUGUUUCAACUGGAGAAAUUGAAGAAGUAAAGAGAAAUUACUCGUUAAAUGAUUCCCAAGCUAUGGCUGUUGUUAAUACAGUAGCCGCUGACGGCUUUUCAUUAAUUCAAGGCCCUCCUGGUACAGGUAAAACCAAAACAAUUUUAGGUAUUGUUGGUCAUAUUUUAACGACUCAAGAUGCAUUACCAAAAAAUAUUAUUAAGGUACCUGGAGAGCAAAAUUCCUCACCAGCACUCGAGCAGACACUAAAAAGGAAGAAAGUUUUGAUAUGUGCCCCUAGUAAUGCAGCUGUUGAUGAAAUAUGUUUGCGUUUAAGGAACGGUAUUGCAACUAAUAAUGGCAACCCAUUUCUCCUGUCUGUGGUUCGUAUUGGUAGAUCUGAUGCCGUAAACGCAGCUAUCAAAGAUUUAACACUGGAAGAAUUAGUAGAGAAAAAAGUUAGCGAGAAAAAUUAUAACAUGACGUCUAACCCAGAUUUAGAACGGAAAUUUAGUUCUUGUGUUACAAAAAGACGAGCUGCGAGGGCAAAACUAGAUUCAGAAAAUGGAGCUAUUGACAGCACAAUGUCGACGGAAGAAAUAACUAACCUACAGUUAGAAAUUAGAGAAUUAAGUAAACAAAUUAAUCAACUAGGUAAAGAAAGGGAUGAAAUAAGAGAGCAAAAUUCAAUCAAUUAUAGAAAUCGAGAACUAGAUAGAAGAAAUGCACAAGCUCGUGUUUUAGCUAAUAGUAACAUUAUUUGUUCUACGUUAUCUGGUUCUGCUCACGAUGUUCUAUCCACUUUAGGAGUGAAAUUUGAUACUGUUAUCAUUGAUGAAGCUUGUCAAUGUACUGAACUUUCUGCAAUUAUACCUUUAAGAUACGGUGCUAAGCGUUGUAUCAUGGUUGGUGAUCCAAAUCAACUUCCACCGACUGUUCUAUCAAGUAAAGCUUCUAGUUUAAAUUAUGAUCAGUCAUUAUUUGUUCGAAUGGAAAAGAAAUGUUCCCCAUAUUUGUUGAAUGUUCAAUAUCGUAUGCACCCUUCUAUAAGUGCAUUUCCUUCCUUGGAAUUUUACGAUGGAAAAUUAAAAGAUGGUCCUGAUAUGGCAAAUAUUACAAAAAGACCAUGGCAUAGUAUUGAUUCAUUAGGUCCGUAUAAAUUUUUUGAUAUUAUAAGUGGCAGACAUGAACAAAAUAGUAGAACGAUGUCAUAUAAUAAUCCUGAAGAGGCCAGAGUGGCAGUGGAAUUGGUUGAUUUCUUAUUAAAGAGAUUUGAAAACAAAUAUGAUUUCACAGGUAAAAUUGGUGUGAUUUCACCUUAUAAAGAACAAGUAUUUAAGUUAAGAAGAGAGUUUAGAAAUCAUUUUGGUUUAUUGAUUGAAAAAUACGUCGACUUUAAUACGAUUGAUGGUUUCCAGGGCCAAGAAAAAGAAAUUAUCAUAUUAUCUUGUGUUAGAGCCAAUGAUUCAGAUCAUGCCUCCGGUGUUGGUUUCUUGAAGGAUUUCCGUCGUAUGAAUGUAGCCUUCACUAGAGCAAAAUCUAGUUUGUGGAUUUUAGGUCAUCAUAGGUCAUUAAAAAGAGAUAAACUUUGGAAUCAUUUGAUUACAAAUGCUAAACAAAGAAACAAAUUAGAGCUUGCUUGUUCAGGAUUUUUGGAUAUUAAUAAUACUAGAGUAAUAAAAAUUUUAGAGCAUUAUAAAGAUUCACAUAAUUAUAUCGGCGGUGAUGAUGAUUACAGUCCAGUAAGCAGAUAUGACAACGAGUCAAAUAAUAGUAAAAGAAAACUGAAAGAAAUUAAAAAUUCUACUCCAAUGAAUGAAAACGUUAAGAAGCAAAAGCAUAGUAGGGAAAUAGUUGCACCUAAUCCACUUCGACCUGCAGCUAAGAAGAAAUCUUCAAUAUUUAAUAAGUCGAAACUUGACGAAGUAAAAUCACAACGUUCCUCAAAGAAAAAAUCAUCCAUUUUUGGUGGGCCAACAAUUGGUGAAACUAUUUCUAAGACGGUAGUACCAUAUAUUAAGGAUAAAACAAUUAAAAAUGAUGUUAAUAAGAAAAAUAAAAAAGACAAUAGAACAGUUAGAAUUUCAGAUGACAUUACAAUUAUAGAGGAUAAACAUCAUUAUGAUGAUGAUGAUGAUGAAGCUGAAGAUGAAUAUGAUCCGUUAGCUUCUGAGAAAUAUAAUCUCCCAACUGUUAAUCAUAUUAAAAGAUUGCAUUCUCCUCCUUUACCAAAACCAUCUGAGGAUGAGGACCCAUACGUGCCGCACACAUAA